GGUAGAUUAUCGGUGAUCGGAAAAUCGGAGUAGCGGCCCAUCCAUGCAAUGUCAGAGUCCGCGAGCGUUUAUAAACAAACAACGUAUAAUUAUGCUCUCCAAAUUUUGGAUAUCGCUGCUAUUGGUGACCGUGUGUUAUUUAUUUUCGCGCGACGACAUCAAGUCUCACUUGACGGAAAGAAUAUUAAAUAUAACAGACACGCUAUAUUUAGGAUUAAACACUGACAAUUCUGGCGGACCAAAGAUGUUCACUACGAGUGAACUGAAACAAUAUACAAAUCUAGAGAAUGGUUUAUAUCUCUCGAUCUUAGGCCAAGUUUUCGAUGUAACAAAAGGGAAAAAGCAUUACGGGCCUGGAGAAAGUUACCAUGCUUUCACUGGUCGUGAUGCUUCCUUGGCAUUUAUUACUGGAGAAUUUAAUGACGAAGGUUUAACGGACGACAUAUCUAGUUUAUCGGUGCAACAAGUCAAGGCACUGCACGAUUGGUUACAAUUUUAUAACGAAAACUACAUUUACAAAGGAAAAUUGUAUGGUAGAUACUAUAAUCAAGAUGGUAGCUCGACUGCAGAGUUUGAUAAGGUACAAGAAAAACUGUCAAUUGCUAAAAAGGAGAAAGCAUUGCAGGAGAAACAGGAAAGAAUGUUCCCACCUUGUAACGUAGAAUGGGUUCUGGAUACUGGUACUGUUUUCUGGUGUACUGAAAGAAGCGGUGGAAUUGAUAGAGAUUGGGUGGGAGUACCAAGAAUGUUGUUCGAGACUGCAGGUGCAAAAGGUACAUCUAGAUGCACGUGUGUUCGACUUGACAGUAAGGAAUACAAGGACAAUAAGGCUAGAUUUAAAGAGUACGAUGGCUGUGAUAAAUACGCGACGAAGUGCAUUUUGAGGAAUAAGACAUGACGUGAGAAAGUAUUGUGGUGUUUUUAUCUGCAGAAUUCCAGAUUAUAUAUUCCAGAUACAUUUUAUAUUUAUAUAAUAAUAUCACAAUGCGAAAAUAUAUAGAUUUAAGAUGUAAGCUUUAUGCAAUUUUUCAUAUCUUUUGUAAUUCCAUAUUCAUUACAAUUAGCGCCUUUUAUGAAAGUACAAAUAAAUACAAGAUUUUGUAUGAAACUCACUGAUACUAGCACUAAUCUUAAAAUAGAUUUAUUUAUAAGUUUAAUAUAUAAUAACAUAUGUGAUAUGAAUAAUGGAAUUAUGAUAAUAAAAAAAAACAAUUACAUUUUAUCUUAAAAGAAUGAAGCCUUGCACUUAAAUCUUCAAAUGAUCAGUCUUUUUGCUUCCAUUCUUAUUAUUGAGAAAACAAUAAUGAAAAAAUGAUUUUAAAAAAUUAUUUUGUAUUACACAUAAGAAUUCAAUAUAUUUAUGAAAAAUGCAUGUUUCCAUUGUUACUUAAUAAUGUAUGUAUGAAUUUCAAAUUGAAUCUAAACUACAAAUGCAACGUGUGGUACGAACAAUGUCGAAGGCUCCUGUUUCUUCAUUGCCGGUCUGAAUUACGCCAGAAGUUAUAUUAAUUUUUUUUUGGGUGUGUCCAAAUAAAUAAUUAUUUGUUCGAUGUCACAAUUCAAUGCAGAUGCAAUGAGGAAGUAGAAGCUCUGAAGGAAUAAAAGAUACAUUAUUACUCCUUAUAAUAUGACAUGUAUAUUGCGAAUAAUAUAAGCGAGACUAAAUCUCAAACA